AUGUUGAGACGACGUAUCACACAGUUUAGACGAGCGCAACCUGAGUCUGACAAGGUUCUAGGCCCUUCGUUCUGGGAUGAGUACGUCUCGUUCCUUACCAAAGCAGAUUACAAGCAAAUGACUGGUGAUCCGAUCCUCCCCCACAGCAAGAAAUACAGCUCCAGUUCCAAUGCCGUCAAAUUGCUUGAAUCGUAUUUUGAACAGUUGAACUUGGACAUACCGUCAGUGCAAGCAUUGAUAGCGUUACUCAAGUCUCCGUUCACCCAAGGUGACGUUAGCAAGGCAUUCGUGCUAGGUCGGUUCUUCCAGUUGAGCGAACAGGGAUUCUUUGUUACCAUUGAAGGUAGAGAUAAGUUCGGAUGUGCUAUUCAGUUCCAAGGAUCAGAGAACUGGGAAAAUGUCAUGUGCUAUUUGGAUGCCACUAUGUUUGCCAUGUUUGCUAAUCUUGAUAGUUUUGAACAGAUGCUCUUUGUCUCCAACUUGCAUCCUCAAGCCAGUGAUGUCCAUCAAUUGAGUGUAUUGCUUCGGAUGUAUGUCAACCUUAUCCGAUCCGGUAAUUUGGUCACUACGGAUAUUACUGUCGGUAUUUGCAACGUGUUAUUCCGGUUAGGGUUCACAGAAGCCUUAUCUCAUCGUCAACAGGAUGCUGCUUCGUUGUUUGAGUUUUUAACAGAGGUGUUGUUGAUGCCCAUGCUUACAUUUAAAGUUGAUAUUAAACAUCCCGGGAAGUUUAAUAAGGAAGACGAUCAGAAGUUUACAAAGGAACGAAUAUUGUUUGUGUCGUUGCCUGAGGAGGCAGAGGCAGAGGCAGAGGUAGAAGCAACGGCAAAGGCAGCAGCUUCAGUCUCAACGUCAUCAUCAUCACUGCCAGACACUACAGCAUCAGCUUCGGCUACAACUUCAGCCUCGGAUGAUGGAGUUCUUCUAGAAGAAUGUCUUGAACUGUACUUUAACAAUUCCAUUGUGGUUAAACGGGAAUUAGAAAGGAGAUUAACUUUGGAUACGUUACGUGAAACUCCGGGGCUAGUUACCCACAACGGAGAGAAUGCUGAUAAUUCCUCUGAAGCUUCUUCUCCAUUAACACAAUCGUUACAUAGAGAUAGAAAGAGCAGCAACCCCCGGUAUACCUUGAGAACAAGAUCUUCAACUCUUUCGAUCUGGUCUUUAAAUGAAAUUGAUUCCGUAGGUGGAGAAGGAGGAGGAGGGAGAAAUAAUUCUACUACUACUACUUCUUCUACUACGCAUCAUGGUCCUCCAAAUCUGCCAAAAGAAGUUAGUUUACCAGCUUGGAUGUUUCUUAAAUUAUUACCAUUCUAUACGGAUGUCGAUGAUUCAGCAGCUGCAAAUGUCAAGGAGUUUGCAAAUAGAAGGCCAAUUCUUCCUAUUUGUCUUAAGAACUAUUCCUUUGAUAGUGCUGAUGGUAGUUCCAAGAAAUCAAACAAAAGAGUCAUAAUACCUCCAAUAAUUUUAUUACCUCAGUUUGUUGCUGAUGAUCCCAAUGAACAGAGACUUCCAGAUAACUUCAGAUUGAUCCUAGAGAGUGCUGUGUUCCAUAAAGGAGUUUCGAUCCAUUCAGGCCAUUUUGUUUCGGCUAUACGGAAGAAUAAUAGGGAAACACUUGUUAAUGAUGAAGAAGCUUCUAAUGCUCCAUGGUUGUUAUACGACGACAUGAAGAAGAAUGGCCGUGUGGUGGAGAAGACUUUUGAUGAGAUCUUUGAAAAGGAAUGGCCCUAUUUGUUAUUCUAUCGUUUGGUAUCCGAUAACGACGGAGAAGUGAAACCUUCUACAGCUGUUCGUGAUGCUGAUGGGUUUAAGGAACUGUAUUGGAAUCCAGCAGCAGCUACUAAUACUAAUGAUGAAUACCAUCAACUUCCACCACCCAUGACCUCUGCAUUCUUGAACACUUCAUUAUCACCAAUCUUAUCAGCAAGCAAUUCACCUCAACUCUCAUCGUCUGAAGUUGGAGAAGAAUUUAGUAAUUUGUCUCUAAACAAGGAACUUUCAGGUAGUUCCUCCGUCCCACUCCCGGAUAUUCCUCCUACGGACCCUUCAUUUAUUGAUAUAAGAGACAAAUACUAUUGGUAUGUCACAGAUGAGAAUAGAAACUAUGUUAGAGAGUUGAAACCCGAGAAGAACAAACGAGAACCCAGUUUUAGUAUCCCUCGACGGAACUCAAGGUGGAGUCAAGAUUCCUCCAUCGAUGACGAUGCAGUUUCAAGCACAAGAAGUGGUGGGUUCGCUUAUAAUGUUCUAACGAAUACUUCACUGAAUGGUCGUUCCAUACCCAUCGAUGACCGGGCAACGUCUCCUAAAACAGUGGAAUACAGCCCAGACGAGAUCGAUAAUAAGUUAGGGAAAGCUGGUGUUGUACCCAGUGAAGGUGGAUCACUCAAGAGUAACAUAUCUUCACCUGCUCUUAAUGAGGUUGCAGUUGAAGGAAGUAGUAUUAAAUUUUCCCUGGGAAGUGCCGAAGAAAUUGUGUCAGAUCAAGGCACCAGUGGUCAACCACAGCCACACAAGCAUCAUCACCAUCAUCAUCAUCACUUUACCCAUGCUAAAAGCACAUCAAAGAAACGAAACCAAUACAAGAAGGAGAAAUGUAUUAUUGUGUGA